AUGCGUUCAUUUGCUGUUCUCGCGGCUGCGCUGCCCUGGAUCCACGCCAUCGAGCCUCCUCGCAUGCCACACCAGCCUCUUGGUAAUGGUACCAAACGCCUCACCUACAACAUCACCACCGAUGCUCCCGGUCAACUCAGUCCCCAGACUAGGUCGUUCAGCUGGGUGGGUACCGGUCAAGAUGGCGAUUACAUCUACACUGGCGCCUCGGGAGACUUUCUCUUUGAAAAUGUAGCCACGGGCGAAUCGUCGACCUUUAUUUCGGCCGACAAGGUGCCUGAAGACUACCACGACUUCUUCAUCUCCCCAGACGCCACUCAUGUGCUAUGGGCUGUCAACUACACCAAGCAGUACCGGCACUCGUACUUUGCCGAUUACUUGAUCCAGGACGUGACAACUGGCGAGACUACCCCUCUUGACCCAGCGUCUGCUGGCGACAUUCAGUAUGCGGAAUGGAGCCCCGUGUCGUCAUCUCAGAUUGCUUUUGUCAAGGGCAACAACCUCUACAUGUCCACCAAUGGCACCAUCACUCAAAUCACCGACAAUGGCGGUCCUGACUAUUUCAACGCCAUCCCCGAUUGGGUGUAUGAGGAGGAGAUCUUUGGUGACCGGUACACCCUGUGGUUUUCUCCCGAUGGGGCCAAGAUUGCUUUCUUGAGCUUCAACGAGACUGGUGUGGGUACCUUUAGGAUCCCAUACUACAUUGAUGACGGUGCCGAGUACGUUCCUGUCUACCCUCGCGAGCUCGAGUUGCGCUACCCCAAGGUGGGUACCAAGAACCCCACGGUGGUCUUGAACCUUUUGGAUGUUGCAUCUGGCGACGUCUCUAAUGUGCCCAUUGAUGCAUUCGAAGAGGAUGAUCUCGUUGUCGGCGAAGUUGCCUGGCUCACAGAGGAGCACGGCAAGGUUGCGUACCGUGCCUACAACCGUGUCCAAGACCAGGAAAAGGUUGUUUUGGUCAAUGUCGAAAGCGUUUCUUCGUCAGUCAUUCGCGAGCGUGAUGGCUCGGAUGGCUGGCUCGAGAACUUGAUGCAGAUGCGGUAUAUUGGUGCAGUGUCUGGCGCCAACGCCACCUACGGCAAUGCGAGCACCGAGUACUAUCUGGAUCUCUCUGAUGAGAGCGGCUGGGCGCACAUUUACCUGUUUCCUGUUGACGGUGGCGAGAAAAUUGCGCUGACCUCGGGGGAGUGGGAGGUCCUCACGAUCCCCAAGGUCGACUACAAGCGUGGUCUUGUGUACUACACCUCGACCGAGCAUCACAGUGCUGAAUCGCAUAUUUACUCUGUCAGCUUCUCUGGCAACAAGAAGGCGCUUGUAGAUGACAGCGUGACUGCUUUCUGGACCGGCUCCUUCUCGUCUGGUGGUUCGUACUAUGUUCUUCGCUACGCUGGACCUGAUGUCCCUUACCAGGAGCUCUACUCUGUCAACUCCACCGAACCCAUCCGUACCAUUGUCAACAACACGGCACUCUACAACCGUUUGCAAGAAUAUGCACUUCCCAACAUCACAUACCUCGACAUGGAACACCCUUCGGGAUACACGCUGGACGCCAUGCUUCGCCUUCCCCCGAACUUUGACCCUAGCAAGAAGUACCCCCUGCUCCUAAUCCCCUACGGUGGUCCCAACGCAAAGGAAGUCCACAAAGACUUCAUCCCUCUCAACUGGAAAGCCUACGUCGCCUCCGACCCCGAACUCGAAUACAUCACCCUGACGGUCGAUGGGCGUGGCACGGGUCGCAAAGGCCGCGCCUUCCGCUCCCUCGUCGCCUCCAACCUCGGCCAACUCGAAGCUGAAGAUCAGAUUUGGGCCGCCAAGGAACUUGCAAAGAACGCCUGGGUCGACAAGGAACACAUUGGCAUCUGGGGUUGGUCGUAUGGCGGCUAUCUGUCCUCCAAGGUGGUCGAGGUCGCCGACCCCAUCAUCAGCUUCGCCUGCAUCACCGCCCCUGUCUCGGACUGGCGCUUCUACGACUCCCUCUACACGGAACGCUACAUGAAGACGCCCACCCUCAACCCAGACGGCUACAACCGGUCCCGCGUCCACGACGCCACAGGCUUCAAGCAAAUCGCCGGCGGCGUCGUCAUCCAGCACGGCACCGGCGACGACAAUGUGCAUUUCCAAAAUGCGGCGGCCCUCGUAGAUCUCCUGAUGCUGAACCGUGUGACCCCUGAGAAGAUGCAGAAUUCUUGGUUCACGGAUAGUGAUCAUGGCAUCAGCUUUCAUAAUAACGGGAGGUUUUUGUACAGGCAGUUGAGUGGGAAAUUGUUUGCGGAGAAGGAGAGGGUGGGGGUGAGUGGGGGCCAUCAGUGGAGUAAGAGGGGAGAGGCGGGGAGGCGGUGGGAUUGA